AUGUCUGCAUCAUUAUUAAAAAACGAGCAUGAAGUUUUCAUUAAUACCAGAGCGGGUGGAGUUUACAUUCCGCCUGCUAGAUUACGGCAAAUGCAACAAAAAAUUACGGAUAAAUCGAGUGCAGAAUAUCAAAGGAUUACUUGGGAAGCGCUCAAAAAGAGUAUUAACGGACUCAUUAACAAAGUCAACACUUCAAAUAUCAAAAACAUAGUAUUUGAAAUAAUUAAUGAAAAUCUGAUACGCGGAAGGGGCCUUUUUGCCAGAUCAAUAAUGAAGGCACAAUCAGCUUCGUUACCAUUUACUCCCGUUUAUGCUGCACUAGUUUCUGUUAUCAACACAAAAUUGCCUCAAGUUGGUCAAUUAAUAUUAACAAGGUUAAUAGUCCAAUUUCGAAAAGCAUAUAGACGAAAUGAUAAAACGACUUGCCUAGCCGCCACAACUUUCAUCGCACAUUUAUGCAAUCAUUUGGUGGCUCAUGAAAUAGUUGCGUUACAAAUUCUAGUUCUUUUACUUGAAAAUCCUACUAGUGAUUCAGUUGAAGUUGCAGUAGGUUUUAUGCGUGAAGUAGGUUGUCAUUUAGCCGAAGUUUCACCAAAAGCGAAUAACGACGUUUUUGAUCGAUUUAGAGCAAUUUUACAUGAAGCUAAUGUUGAAAAGAGAGUACAAUACAUGAUCGAAGUACUAUUUCAAGUAAGGAAAGAUAAAUAUAAAGAUAAUCCACCAAUUCAACCAGAUUUGGAUCUGGUAAAGGAGGAGGAUCAAAUUACCCAUCACGUAUCAUUGGAUGAUCAAGAUUUGGAUGUUGAAGAGACUCUUGGUAUCUUCAAUUAUGAUCCAAAUUAUUUAGAAAAUGAAGAAAAGUACAAAGAAAUUAAGACACAAAUUUUAGGAGAAGAUUCUGAUGAAGAUGAAGACGAAGAAUCUGGUUCAGAAGAAAGUGAUGAAAAUGAAGAUAACGAAGCAACUGGAGCGACAGAAAAUAGUAUUGAAAUUCAUGACCAAACAAAUACAAAUUUGAUUAAUUUGCGAAGGACGAUAUAUUUAACUAUAAAAUCUAGUGUGGAUUUUGAAGAAUGUUGUCACAAACUCAUGAAACUUUGUAUUCAAGAAGGACAAGAGGUUGAACUUUGCAACAUGAUAAUAGAAUGUUGUUCUCAAGAACGUACAUAUGAAAAAUUUUUUGGAUUAAUUGGAGAACGUUUGGCGAAAAUCAAUUUAGUUUGGGCAAAAGCCUUUGAACAGUGUUUUGUUCAGUAUUACGAGACUAUUCAUCGAUAUGAAACAAAUCGGUUGCGAAACGUAUCCAAAUACUUUGGUCACCUUUUAGCAUCAGACGCAUUGUCAUGGCAAGUUUUUAGUGUUAUCAAACUUACCGAAGAUGAUACCACGUCAAGUUCUAGAAUUUUCGUAAAGAUAUUAUUUGAAGAACUUACGGGUAUAUUAGGAUUGGUAAGACUUAAGGAAAGGUUGACAGAUGAAACAAUGCGGGAACAUUAUGUGGGACUUUUUCCAAAGGAUAACCCACGGAACACUAGAUUUGCCAUUAACUAUUUUACUAGCAUCGGUCUUGGUGUUUUGACUGAUGAAUUAAGAGAACAUUUACAGAAUGCACCAAAGAUUAGUAUGUCACAAAAACAUGCGUUGGACAGUGAAAGUGAUGAUGAUAGUGAUAGUUCAACUUCAAUCUAG